UAAGCUUGCCACAUGCGUUUGUACGGAAGGUGCUGGCACAGUAUGGCAGCGGUUGGAAGGCAUGUGGUUUCGUGUUGUGCGGCUUUUCGAAUGACCCGGUCCGAAAUGUUCCUUCAACUUUACCUGUUGUGCACCUUACUGUGUGUGGCUAACGCAUUCAACUUGGAACCGAGGUUGCCGGUGUUGAAACUGGGCGAACGGGGAACAUAUUUUGGAUAUUCAGUUGCCGAACAUCAAAUUCUAGACUCACAGAAUGCCGUACGGGAACAUGUGUUGUUGGUGGGCUCACCUCGUGCCUCCACUAGUCAACCAGGUACAAAUCAUUCCGGUGCUGUGUAUAGAUGCCCCAUUAGUACGCUGCCUAAAGACUGCCAACAAAUUGACAUCGAAAACGAAGAUGAACCUCCUGAAGAUGAUGUGAUCAAAGAUGACCAAUGGCUCGGGGUCACAGUCAAAAGUCAAGGACCUGGAGGGUAUGUUUUGGCAUGUGCUCAUCGCUAUAUCAAGAGAGGUCCCGAUUAUCAAUGGGGUUUAGGUAUCUGCUAUUCUUUAAGUCAGACGCUGGACAUCCACCGAGAAUGGGAACCUUGUCUCAAUCGUCCAGUAGCCAAAGCACACGAACAGUUUGGGUACUGCCAAGCAGGCACAAGUGCAGACAUAUCAGAAGAUCACAAGCUUGUGAUUGGAUCUCCGGGGCCAUUUACAUGGAGGGGAACAGUGUUUGUCAACAGUGUGAAAUUUGGUAUCCGAGAUGACAAGAACUGGUACUAUGGUCCAUUGCUUGAUGAUGAAGCUCCAGUGGAAAAAUACAGUUAUUUAGGUAUGGCUGUAACGUCUGGAAAAUUUUUCGGAAAUGAAACAAGUUUCGUUGGAGGAGCUCCACGUGGCAAUGGCACAGGGCAGGUUGUUUUUUUCAAGAAAAAUAAAAUGGAGACUACAUUCUUAGUUGAGCUUGUGUUAAAUGGAGAACAGUUUGCAUCAUCCUAUGGUUUCUCUUUGGCAUCAUUAGACAUCAACAGUGAUGGGUAUAUUGAUCUUGUUGUGGGUUCUCCAUUUUAUUAUUCUAAGGGCAUUGGUGGUGCUGUAUACAUUUAUAUGAAUUCAGAAGAAGGUAUAUCUGAAGAAACUGAACCUCUGAAACUAACAGGAAAGCCAGAAUCACAAUUUGGUUUCUCUUUGGCUUCUCUGGGAGAUUUAAAUAAGGAUGGUUAUGCAGAUCUAGCUAUUGGUGCUCCAUAUGAUGAUAAAGGUGCUGUCUUCAUCUACCUUGGCUCUGCAGAUGGUCUUCUGACCGAACCUUCUCAAGUCAUUCGUUUGGAAAAUUUGGCCAAAGAAAUUCGUGUGAAAAGGGACCUUAGCUCCUUUGGCUACUCACUUUCUGGAGGAUUGGAUUUAGACAGCAAUGGAUAUCCAGACUUAUUAGUUGGGGCUUAUGACAGCGAUAGUGCAGUUCUACUCAGAUCAAGGCCAAUAAUUGAUAUUAUAACAUCAGUUGAAGGAAACUUGACGAAUAUUGACCCUAAAGUCAUGGGUUGUCCAGAAGAUCGAAAUACAUCUUUAGUUUGCUUCUCCUUUGAGGCAUGUUUCCAGUUUAACUCAUCGGUUUUGUCUCAUGGAACAUACAUUAAAAUCCGGUAUAGAAUAGAGGCAGAGACUUUUACUGGAAAGAAAUAUUAUCGUGCUAAGUUCAAGUCAUCCUUGAACUCGGAGACUCCCAAUAUUGUGGAGAAAGAAUUAGGUAUUCGUGGGGUUUCACUUUAUGAACCACACUGUUCAAAACAGCUGGUUUAUCUAAAGGAGAAAACUGAUAUUCAAACCCCUAUCAAGUUUAAACUGACUUAUACACUAAUUCAGAAGGAACCUAGAAUGCCUAAAGAAGGGGAGCGUUUACCCGAUAUAAAUCAGUAUCCUAUUCUAAAUCAGAAAGAGGCAUCCAAGGUGUUUGAGGCUAAGUUUUUGAAAGAUUGUGGAUCUAAUGACAUUUGCGAAUCAGAUCUACAUAUUAGUGCUGAACUGAAUCUUCCAAAGCAAAAAUCUGGUAUUCCAGUGUUAUAUCUUGGAGAGCAACAAGUGAAUUUAUCUAUAAUUCUAUAUAACCAUAAAGAACCUGCGUAUGAUGCUGCCUUAUAUGUUACCCAUCCAAGCACUUUGAGUUAUAUUGGACGAAAAGUUGUAAAAGGAGAACCAGUGGAAUGUGUACCAUUUAACAGCACUGUUUUAAAAUGUGAAAUUGGAAAUCCCAUGAAUAAGGGUGAGGUAGAAUUCCAAAUUCGAUUCAGUCCACGAAACGUUUCUGAUGAUGAAAAACAGCUUAAAUUUGUUUUAAAAGCAAACACGACAAGCAUCGAAGUAUUACCUGAAGAAGAUUUUAUGCUAAUUGCAGAUGUUGUUCGAGUAGCAGAACUGGAAUUGAGAGGUGCUUCUAACCCUGAACAAGUUGUGUAUGGUGAAAAUGUAGUAGAAGAGGAAAACAUGAAAACAGGGGAAGACAUAGGCAGUCUUAUUAUACACACAUAUGAACUUAUUAAUUAUGGUCCAUGGAAAGCAAAAGAAGUUGAAAUUCAUGUAAAAUGGCCUUAUCAAACAGAAACCUUCAAAAAGACUGGUAAAUGGCUGCUGUAUAUAAUGGAAGCCCCAAAGGUGCAAGGCAAUGGGUACUGUGAGAUAGAUCCUGAAAUAAUAAAUCCACUACGACUACAGGUAAAGAGAGAAGAAGACCAAUUCAUCAGAGAAUCAGAAGGUGGAGGAAGGGAAUCAGAAGUUAGAGUAAAAAGGCAAGCCCCUGAGGAAAUCCGGUUGGAUCCCAGAACUCUCAACAUCGCCACAAUGGACUGUGAAGAAGGCACUGCCAAAUGCUAUUAUUUCAAGUGCAUCUUCCGAGAACUACAACCAGAUAAAAAUGCUCUAAUAAGCAUUCGAGCACGUCUGUGGAGUAAAACUUUUGUUGAGGAUUAUGCAACCGUAGACAGAGUGGAUGUCGUCUCUCGUGCCAGUAUCUAUUUAGAUCCAGAUCUAGAUAUUCGUCAGAAACUGGAAAAUGAUGUAGCUUUUGCGGUCACUAAAGCAUUACCUGAUCUUCCGUUGUAUCAGAAGCCUGAAGAAGUUCCUCUUUGGAUAAUAAUUCUUGCUGUCUGCGGUGGCCUGCUUUUGCUCUUUUUGUUAAUAUUUUGUCUAUGGAAGCUUGGAUUUUUCAAAAGAAAAAAGCCAGGAUAUAUGCCUGCAGAGACAAAUGAAAAAGAAAAGGAACUGAACAAUAUAUGAAAAAUCCACUUUUUUAGGUUCUGUUUGAAAAGAACUAUUUGAAAACUGUGAUUUAUAUAGAUGUCUCAUCUAACUCAAGCCUGAGUUUCACUCUCAACAAACUUGGCAUUUACCUUUGUCAUGGAGUUGCAGUUACUUUUAAAUUUGUCUGUGAUUACAUUCAUGUGGACUUCGUGAAGAGAAAAAUAUUGCAGUUGGUAAAUACUUCAUGUAUAUCACUAUGUAUAAAGUAUAAAUAUGUGUAUAAAGUUUUACUUUGACUGUGCCGUGAAGUCUUGAGGUAAGAUAUGCAGACUUUUAACUGCUGCCUAUGAAGUGUGUAGCAUAUUAAUAUGUGAAAAUGUCCUCUGAUUAUGUUUGUAUUUAAAGAAUUUUUCACUUGCUUUGUUGUAUUAUGUUUUGUACAGUAAUUGUGUUAUUUAAUGUUGGGAGGUAUAUUGUUGGCAAGUUGUUAAUAGAGGUGUGUUGCAUUUUCUGUGUUGAUAGAGAAAUUUAUAGCGUUACAUUAUAUUAUGAAUAGUUUUUGAAACCACAAUUUUGAAAAGAAUUUGUUGUUUUCAAUCGGAACUCCUGAAAUUCACAGCAGUCUUAUUUUAUUAGGAAAACAAGAGAUACACAUGCAAUUAUUACAUAUUAUGUGUAUUGUGUGUAAAGAAAUGUUUUUCCCCUUCAAUUUCUGAGACAGUCUAGGUAUGCUGGAAUUAAUUUUAAAAAUUGUCGGUAAAUUGUAAUUUUAUUACAUUCAUUAAUUAUGUAUGUAAUUAUAUUAGUUAUGGAGUUUAUAUGAAGUGUGUUAAGAUUUUCUUAAAAAAUUCUCAGUUAUGAAUUUAAUUAGGAGGAAUAUUUACUGAAUGCAAGGUCACCAUCAACUAUUGUGCCAUUUUUUAGUCAUAAGUAGAUUUGUUUACAUUUUAAAAAUGCAGAUGUCUGUUGAAUUGUGUGUUCAAAAACAUACUUCUUUGUUUGCUAAUUUCUUUCUUGAAGGAAAUUGUUAACUGCUUUAAAAAUAUUCUACCUAUUUUUCUAAAGUUUUUUUUUUUUUUUUGUGAUAUAAAACUAAGGAACUACUGAAUGUUUUGUCAUAAUUAUUUAAAGUUAAAACUUUUGUCCUAUUUCAUGUUUCUGAGUGGCCAUAGAAAGUAGGCCAAACAACAAAAAGGCUCACUUCCUACUUCAAUCACAAACUGUAAAACUGCAAUUUUGCUAUUUGUUUAUUUUUAAUUGCUCUCAUAAUUAUUUUGGUCCAUGAUGAUUUGUAAAUAUUUAUUCGUAUAGAUCUGUAAAUCUUUUAUUUAUAUACAGUAUAUUUAUUGUUCUGCAUUACUUAUUAUAUUUAGCUUUUUUAUUGAUUUCUGAAGAAGGAAUUAAGUUUUUAUUUUAUUUUGAAACAUAAAGUAUGAUAAACUGUUGAUAUAGUGAGUACCUUUCAAAUGAUGCACAAAAAUACUUCUUUAAAAUGCAAAAAUAUUAAUGUUAUUAUUAAUAUGAAUUAUUAAUGUGAAUAGCAAUGCCAAAAUCUAAAUAUUCAGAUGAGUGUUAAUUCUUAAGUCACUGUACCAAUUAAUGUUUAUUUGUAAAAAACUUUUAACAGAUGUUAUGUGGAGUCCAAAUUAUUACAUUUUUAAUAGUUACUAUAUAUUCCUUAGUUUUUAGAUGUUUAUUUGUUUAAAAACAUUAAAAAAUGUAUAUGUAUAUAUACAAUGUGUAACAAAACUAAAGGUCACAAUUUUAAGGGGGUGUGACAUUAAAACUUUACAUCAAAUUCUCAAAUGAGUGACAUCCAGUUGCAAUACAGAUGUCACAUCAGCGAUGGAGUGAAUCAUUCAUAUGUUGGAAGAUUCCUGGCAUUUCACAAAUACUUGUAGCUGCAACCCUAAUUUGGGUGACAAGGCCCUCUAAUGAUUACAUCUCUCGUAGAUGAUGCUUUUUCGCUGCCCCCACACCUGGAAAAAGAAUUUCCAGGCAGGACAUAUCAGAAGAUCUGGGAGGCCAAGAGAGGGGCCCACCGUGGCCAAUCCGUCUGUUUGAAAAGGCAAAGUCCAGUUAGUUUCAUACAAUCUGAAGAAAUGUGCUGGUGCUCCAUUGUGCUGGAACCACAUAAUUUUUCAAACAUACACUGGCACAUUUUGUAGUAAAUGAGGCAGCAUUGCUAAAGGAAAGUAAGGUAGUUCUAUCUGUGUAGGCAGUGUAGUAAAAUGUACAGGCCAGUUAAGUGAUUGCAGAUAAUUCCUGCACACACAUUCAUGGAGAAUCUUUGCUGAUUGCAUUGCAUGUAUUAAAGAUGCUGUCAAAUGUGAACAUAGCUUCAUCUAUAAACAGGGUAAAUGCUGCAGAACUGUUGAUGCAGUAUUUUGUGUUUCAGGAAACAAUUUGCAGAUGUUAUACCUGGUGUAAAAUCCAUUUCAUUCCAGGCCUGGACACACUGGAGAUGGUACUGGUGUAAUCCUUUUUGCACAUACCACAUGUAUUUACAGUAUAUUUAUAUACCAUACCGAGCUUGCAUGCUUUGUUCGUGCUGGUCAUCCACUGCCUUAAGGAUUGUCUAUAUUUGAUUUAUCAUUCUCAAGCUCCUUGGUUUACAUGUGUCAUGUCUUGGCUGUGAAAUGAGCCAGGUUGCAAGAGUUGUCUGUGCAAGCAUGUUCUCAGAAGGGGCUGUGCCGUGUUUGGUAAUUGCUGCUUUUUUUUAAAGUCUUGCCACUUCUGUGACAUUGCCAAUUGUAGCCCCAUACAUGUGGUGCAUCUGAGCCGCCUUUGCAUUCAAAUAUUCGUGCACCUCUUGUGAUGAAUAGCAGCUGAAUGAUGGAUUCUGCAAGUGGCGACAUUUUAUCCACUCCAGAAAAAGCACCGUUUUGCAGCUUUCUAUUUGUUUUAAAAAGUUCCAUCACUCCUUACAGUUUUGAUUAUUAGUUUUGUCACACCGUGUAUAAUAAAUAGGUGUGUAUGUUUUUCUGAAAGACUGAAGUCUGAUAUUCACAUAGUCGCUUGGUGUAUGUUGGAAAUAUUUGCUAAAUAUCCUUAUAUCUGAGAUACACUGGCAAUUGUCGACAUUCAUCAUGCAUUGAUGGUGAAUGUCAAAUUAAAAUAUUUUUUUUAUAAUCAUACUUUAUUACUGAAACAUAUUAUGAUAUAUUUUUAAAUAGAAAAAAGCUUAAAUAACAGUACCUGUAAUCAGGAGCGUAGCUAGAGGGGGGGGCAAGGGGGGCAUCUGUCCCUGCGCACAGAAUCCAACGGGUGCCAAACUGAUGUUACGACAUUUUAGAAUUAAAUGUUUUACAUCCUUGGCAAGAAGUAGGGGGCGCGAAAUCUUCAGUUGUCCCUGGGCGCUGAAAACCCUAGCUACGACUCUGCCUGUAAUUAAACUGUUGUGCACAAGUAAACAAACAGUGCAUUACUUAAUUGUGCGACUGAGGUUAUACAAUCUUAUUUAUUGCAACAACUUAAAACUGUUAUGACACUUUGAAUUGCCCAGGAAUUCCUUGCUUUUACGACUGCAUUUAGUUGUAGAACACUUCCAUCUUCUCGGGGUCUUGUUUUGACCUCCACCAGAGCAUAUCUGUGCUUGUCAUAUACUGUGGUGAUAGUCUGAAUGUGUAUAAGAAUAUAAGCAAAUAUUCGGUCUUUCACGACGUAUUUGGUAUGUAUUGACAUUCACCGGAGAAUGUCAACAUUUCAGUCCUUCACAGUAACAUAUAUAUAGCUUAGCUUUCAGUUAAAUGGUUGAUUGAAUUUAAAAGUCAUGUUUCUCUAAGUGAUUUCUAUUUAUGUAUUAUAAAUAAUCUGCUUGUAUUUAGUGUUGCUGAGCUGUCUAUAAAUUGCCAAGGCUUUAACACAGUCUUGUUUGAAAUUGUCAUUGCAGAAGAUAUUUUCUGUGAAUAUUUGAUUGUUGUAAAAGGACUAUAUGUCUUCGAUGAACACAGCACUGGUUUAAAAUAUUGUAAAGAACUGAUUUAGUAUGAUUAGAUGGCAAAAUAGAGAUUAUUUUAUAAAGUGAAUUAUUAGAAGAAUAAGCAUUGGUUCAGAUUUCUUAUACCUUAUAUGAAUAGAAUUUAUUAUAAAACUGUGGUUGAAUAUUUAGCACUUGUUUAAGCUGAUCACUGUUGAAGGAAAAUUGAUGAAAAGCAGCAUUUAAUUAUUUGAAUUUUAAUAAAUAAUGCAUAGUUGCUAAUUUAAAAGAAAGGGUUGUAAAAUAUUUAAUUAUUACAAAGUUUUAACUUAUCAUGAAAUAUAUUUGAGAAAGACUUGUUUAAAAAAGUAUGUUAUUUAAGUGAGAUAGCUUAUCUGUUUUUGGAAAUCGUAGUAAAAACUUGGGUUAAGAUUAAGAAAGUGUCAGAGAAUAUAAAGGGAAUAAAAGUUCCCCCAAAAAGUACAUUAUUCCUUAUUUCUUUAAUAAAAAUCUGAAGCAUAACUGUGUGGUUAUAACAAUGUUGAUGAUUAAAAUUAAUUAAGAUCUGAAGUUGAAAUGAAAAAGUCAUUAAUGGAUAACUAUCCAUUUAAAAUGGAGCUUUCAGCUUUAUUUGUAUUCAGUUUCUUUUCCAUGUAUGAAUAGCUGGAUAGUUUUAAAUUAGUAAUGGCUGUGUAUUAUUGAUGCCAUAUUCACUUAGUAAAUAUUAACUUAAAAAUAGUAAAUAUUUACUUUAAAAGACUGUAGAAAGCAUUAAACGGGACGUUUAAAAAAGUAUGUUAUUUAAGUGAGAUAGCUUAUCUGUUUUUGGAAAUCGUAGUAAAAACUUGGGUUAAGAUUAAGAAAGUGUCAGAGAAUAUAACAAGUAAGUGUGAAAAUAAGAAAUUACUUCCCUCUCUCCCCCAUGUCAUAGCUUUGUGUACAGUUUUUUUUUUUAGUAAACGUCUCCUGCACAGAUGUAUGUAUGGGGCCACACACAUACAGAGCUUCAUCUUUUAAUAAUUUAUUGAUAUUGUUAUAUACCCAGUGAUUUGUACAUAUUUUUAAUGUGUGUGUCUUCAGCAUUUCCCCCUUUGUAGAUAAGUAUUAAAUGUAGCUUUUAUGUUUGUACAGGUUUCAUGAAGAAUUUUAUCAUAUCAAAAUAUAAAUUUAUAACUGAAGAUUUGUGAAUUAAAAGUUUGAUAUUUUAAUGUCGGUUGUGCUUGAUUUAGAAAUUUCCAGUGUUUUAUGUGUAUCAAAUGAUACAAAUUUGAAAAACUUCAAAAAGGAAUAAAUUUGUAAAUAAAGA